GCUCGGCUCGGCUCGGCUCGGCUCGGCUCGGCUCGGCUCGGCUCGGCUCGGCUCGGCUCGGCUCGGCUCGGCUCGGCUCGGCUCGGCUCGGCUCGGCCUAUGGCGCCGUCCUCCCGGCCCGGCAAGGGCCGCUCGCCGCGGGAGGACGAGGACUUCUUGGAGGCCAAGGCGGACAGGAAGACCAGGAAGCCGCUGGUGGAGAAGAAGCGGCGGGCGCGGAUUAACGAGAGCCUGCAGGAGCUGCGGCUGCUGCUGGCGGACAGCGAGUUCCAGGCCAAGCUGGAGAACGCGGAGGUGCUGGAGCUGACGGUGCGGCGCGUGCAGGCCGUGCUGGAGAGCCGCUCGCGGGGUGAGUGCCGGCGGCGGGGCGCGCCGCGGCGGCGCGGGGGCCCGGCGCGCCCGCCCGCCCCUCACGGCGCUCCCCUCUGUGUCUCCCCCGGGGCUGCGGGCGCCGCAGAGGGCGGGCGGCUGCACCGCGAGGCCAGCGAGCGCUUCGCCGCCGGCUACAUCCAGUGCAUGCACGAGGUGCACACCUUCGUCUCCAGCUGCCCCGGCAUCGACGCCACCACGGCCGCCGAGCUGCUCAACCACCUGCUGGAGUCCAUGCCCCUCAACGAGGGCGCCCUCCAGGACCUCGUCGCGGACGCUUUGGCCCUGCCGGGCGGCGAGGCGCUGGCCCUGCCCGCCGAGUCCGCCCUGGGCCUGGCGCUGCCCGCCUCGGCGCUCUCGCCCUGCUCCGGCGAGGAGACCUGCUCCGACUCGGAGGAGACGGAGGCCGAGCCCGGCCAGACCGCGGCGGACGGGCUGGACGCUUCCCGGACACGCGGCGUGCCUUCCUCUAGCUUUUCCAAAUCCAUGUGGAGACCCUGGUAACGGCGAAGCGGAGGGGAAUCAACGCAGACCUACCUAGCCGAGAGCGGGCCCGGGCGCCGCGCUCCCCUGCGGCCGUCAAGCGGCGCGGGGGCCCGCGAGCGGCGCGCGUCGGGCAUUGCUGCGCUUCAGGACUGCAGCAGUGGCACUCCUACACUGUCACACCCUGACAGGCUAAUAGCUAAAUGUGUUAACAUUUCAUCUGCGUGUGUGUGUGCGCGUGUGUAUGCAGCAUUUUGUAACUCUGGGGGGUUAUUUUUACGAGAGUUGGGGGGGUGGGGGGCGGAGGGGGCUGUUUUCUAGUAGCAAAGCUCUUCUGGUGGAUGCACAGCAGUUACUUCAUAACUCUGUUACUUUCUCUUGGCCCUUAUAAAUGGCCCAAGUAUCACUACCUUUUUCUCUGAAGAAAAAGCCUGUGUGCAUUUUAAAUCCUGACAGUUAACUCCAUGAGAGGUAUGAGUUAAGUCUGCAUGCACAGUUUUAAGUGUUCUAGUGAUAGCAAAGAUCCCUGAAAGGGGUUGGCGUGGUUAGCGUCUUUAUUUGGUAGUGGUCUAGAGUCUCACCUUCAGUGAAGGAAGAGAAAACUAGAAACCUGCUGAAAUUAGAUGAACAUUUAAAAUAUUGGUGGCAGGGUGCCUUCUAGAAAUGAGUGUCUUUAUGCACAUUUUGCUUUUAGCACAUCUGAGUUUAUUGUGACUUUAUGUAUAUUUUGGGUGUCAAAUGUUUUUAUUUUUAAUCUUUAAUAAAAAAUACUGAAUUCACAAGUAAUUGCAUGUA